AUGGACCGCAACCGCAAGCGCAAAGCGACCGAUGCCGCAUCGCCCAAGGUCGAACACAGCGCGAGCAAGCGUCAAAAGACCAGACUGGAACACGAGACGCCGCAGACGACAACAACCAUCGGCCUGCAGUUCAUCGACCACCUCAAGUCGGCCAAAGACAAGACCGGCCGCUUGAUUGCCGACCUGUUUAUCGACCUGCCCAGCAAGAGAGAACUGCCCGACUACUAUCGCACCAUCAAACUACCCAUCGCCAUCCAGACCGUUCAGGACAAGCUCGAACGUCAUGAAUACCCCACCCUCAGCACCGUCGAGAGCGACAUCAAGCGCAUGGUCGCCAAUGCAAAACAGUACAACGAUGACAAGUCGACCGUCUACCAAGAUGCCGAGCGCAUUCGCAAGGCCCUGUCCAACUUCAUGACCAAGCACAACCCCGCCUACAAAGACCCCAACUACAUUGCCAUCCCCACGCCCAUCCCUGGCCACGAUGAUGACGCGACUGCCUCCUCAGUCCCUCCGACCCGCGAGGCCAGCGAGCAACCAAAGAAGAUCACCAUUUCUCUCAAGGCCAACCGCGAUCGCAAGUCAUCAGCUGUCCCGCCAGCCGCAUCGAGCCCUGCACUCGUUCAAGACGAUUCGGACCCGGCAGACUUUGCUGGCAAGACAUUCCAACAAGCCCAAGAACACAUAAUCAAUGGCCUGAUUAGCCAUACUGACCAAGAGUUAGUCGCUUGA